UCCGUCUCUCUUCUUCACACCAGCUCUCUCUCUCUCUCUCGUCUAUUUCUCUACAACUCCAAUAAAAUGCAACUACUUCAAAUUCUUGAUUAAAUAUAGCAUUUCUUGUAAUCAUUUCUCUAUAAUGGAUUGCAUUGAAUCAUCCAUAGCCGAGACGCCGUCGGUAGCCUACAGUCUCCUUUUCAAGGCCGUCGUGUCCAUACCAACGCAACACUAUUUGUUGGGACUGGCAUUUCUUUGUGCGGUUUUUUUGUACAAUUUUUUGGAGUUCCAUUUUCUUGAGGAUCUUCUUUCCGGGUUCCGAGGAAGUCCUGUUUCCUUAACCUACAACCCCUGCUCAGAAUUCUAUCAGGGAGUUGUUUCUAAGUGUAAGAUUAUUCAUGGCAGGUAUCUGGCAACACCUUGGCUUUCUAGUCCACACUUCCAAACGUCUUUUAUAAAUUUCUUUGGGCGGCCUCCAGUGUUCAGAUACAGAAGACAAAUGUUUAAUGCCUCUGAUGGUGGGACUUUUGCUUUGGACUGGGUGUUGAAUUCUGAUGUUUCAGGGAAUGCUACUGACAAGAACAUUGGCAUAUCCAAGGAUGAUACAACUCCCAUUGUGGUAGUGAUACCAGGAUUAACAAGUGAUUCUGCUUCACCUUACCUUAAGCAUCUUGCUUUCAACACAGCAAAAUGUGGAUGGAAUGUUGUCGUCAGCAACCACCGAGGAUUAGGCGGUGUAUCAGUCACUUCUGAUGCUUUUUAUAAUGCGGGAUGGACAGAAGACAUACGAACUGUCCUCAAGUAUCUGCAUAAGGAGUAUCCAAAAGCUCCAAUAUUUGUUGUCGGUACCAGUAUUGGUGCUAAUAUUCUGGUAAAAUAUCUUGGUGAAGAUGGAGAUAAUGUUCCUGUUGCAGGGGCUGUCGCUGUGUGCUCUCCUUGGGAUCUCUUGAUUGGCUCCAGGUUCAUAUCUCGCAAGCUAGUGCAGAGGUUAUAUGAUAGGGCUCUGACUAUUGGUCUUCAAGGUUAUGCACAAAUGCAUGAACAACUCUAUUCCCGACUUGCUAAUUGGGAAGGGAUCAUAAAGUCACGCACACUUCGCGAUUUUGACGCCCAUGCCACUUGCCAUGUUGGAAAAUUUGAGACUGUGGAUUCAUAUUAUAGACAUUGUAGCAGUGCACCUCUCGUGGGACUCGUGUCCGUGCCUCUACUCUGUAUAAGUACAUUGGAUGAUCCAGUCUGUACAGCAGAAGCUAUUCCUUGGGACGAGUGCAGAGCAAAUAAAAAUAUAGUUUUAGCAGUGACAAAGCAUGGAGGACAUCUAGCCUUCUUUGAAGGAAUUACUGCGUCUGGCCUGUGGUGGGUGAGAGCUGUGAAUGAAUUCAUUGGUGUCCUACACUCUAGUCCCUUGAUGCACAAAUCAAAGCAGGUGGAAAGUAGUGAGGGUCUACAUUCUCCGUCUUCAAUUGAUCAAGGCCCAUAUAUUAGCAUGGCGGAUGGAAUGGUGGCUGCAAUGAACAGCGAGCAGCCAACAUUCGAGAAUAUUACUGAGGAAACACAGCAGACGAAUAUAAAAGCGCCAGAUGCCGAGACAAGUGAUGAUAUCAGCAGCAAAACCGCCUCUAAAGAUUCAAGCUUCCUGAAAAGAUGCUUGCACUACCUUGGUCAGCAGAGUAAGAGUAGGAAAUCAAUAUGGCUGCUUGUGUACGUUGCACUAGUGUCAGGUUCAGCUCUUAGCUUCUUGUUCAAGAGAAGGACCAAGAAAAUCUUGGCUGCCAAACCCCCCCAGAAAUGACACAACAUUUAGUAAUAUUUAUGUCCCUGUAUGUACUUGACCAUAAAACGUUGGUAUUGUUUCUUCUACACGUCCUAGUGUUUUUUAUUA